CUCCUAGAGACUAGAGCGGCAGGGAUCAGGAGCCGCGGAAACUGGAGAGGUGGCACCCCAGCGAGGGCCACCAUGGGGGACCAGAGGCCGCAGGACCGGCCAAAGUCCCCGGGCAUGGACUUCAAGCCCUGGUACUGUGACAAACAGCCUUCCAAGUGCUUCGCGAAGCGCAAGUACAGGCGCCUGAGGUCCCCGCCCAUGGACACCCAGAACUGGGUAUUUGUGACUGAGGGCAUGGACGACUUCCGCUACGGCUGUCCGUCUCCUGAAGAUACGCUCAUUUGUCGCCGUGACGAGUUUUUACUCCCCAAAAUCUGUCGCAGAGGUCCCCAAACUGACCCCAAAAGCGGGCAGAAAAAGUUGCUCAAGAAAGCGGCCCUAUUUUCUAAGCUCUCUCCAGCCCAGCUAGCACGGAAGACGUUCGUAGAGGAAGUGGAAGCCCAGCUGACGGCCAAGCAUCCCUUGGCCAUGUACCCCAGUCUGGGAGAAGAUAUGCCUCCAGAUCUCCUACUACAGGUGCUGAAACUGCUGGAUCCUGAGAGGAAGCUGGAGGAUGUUUGGGCUCGUUGUGAGGCCCGGGAGAAAACAACCGAGGUACCCACAGAGCCUGGUAAAUACCCCUGUGGGGAACUCUGCCCAAAGCCUCUCGAGACUCCGGUGUCCCAUCUCCUCCCGGAGCCUCCCAAGACUCCGGUGUCCAGUCUCCACCCGGAGCCUCCUGAGUCUGGAGUGUCCCAUCCCCGCCCGGAGCCUCCCAAGACUCCGGUGUCCAGUCUCCGCCCAGAGCCUCCCGAGACUGGAGUGUCCCAUCUCGGCCCGGAACAUCCCAACACUCGUCGGGUGUCCAGUCUCCUACGACAGCUACUGAAACUGGAUUCUGAGAGGAAGCUGGAAGACGCACGGGCUCGUUGUGAGGGCCGGGAGAAGACAACCAACGAACACACAGAGCCUGGUAAAUACCCUUGUGGGGAAUUCUGCCCAUGGCCUUUCGAGACUCCGUUGUCCAGUCUCCGCCCAGAGCCUCCCAAGACUAGGGUGUCCAGUCUUCCCCUGAAGCCUUCCGACACUAGAGUGUCCCAUCUCCGCCAGGAGCCUCCCAAGACUCCGGAGUCCUGUCUCCGGCCAGAGCCUCCUGAGACUGGAGUGUCCCAUCUCUACCAAGAGCCUCUCAAGACUCGUCGGGUGUCCAUUCUCUGCCGUGAGCCUCCAGAGACUGGAGUGUCCCACCUCUGCCCGGAGCCUCCCGACACUCGCGUAUCUCAUCUCCGCCCAGAGCCUCUGGAGACUGGAGUGUCCCAUCUCCGCCUAGAGCCUCCCAAGACUCGUCGGGGGUCCAGUCUCCACUCGGACCCUUCUGAGACUGGAGUGUCCCAUCUCCGCCUAGCGCCUCCCAAGACUCCCAAGACUCGUCGGAGGUCCAGUCUCCGUCCAGAGCCUCCCAAGACUCGUCGGAGGUCCAGUCUCCGUCCAGAGCCUCCCAAGACUCGUAGGGUGUCCAGUCUCCGCCCGGAGCCUCCCAAGACUCAUCGGGUGUCCAGUCUCCACCCGGAGCUUCCCAAGACUCGUCGGGUGUCCAGUCUCCGCGCGGAGCCUCCCAAAGCUCCAGUGUCCCAUCAGUUCUCGGAGCCUCCCAAGAUUCGAGCGUCCUACAUAAAAGAACUGUUUCACGAAGAUACACCAAGCACAACAGAGUGCGUUUCUGACUCUCUUCAAUAUAGAUACACAUCAGAAAAACUCCGUGAAUUCUUCAAGUGGGCUGCAGACCUGGGAGCUGAUGAAGAAUCCAUCAGGAAUCUGUUUGACUUUACCCCCAAGUACAGAACAACCUAUUACGACCAAAAGCUUAAGAAGGUAAAAGAGUGUUCCUCAGAGCUGAAGUACAGCAUGGAGCUAGAUGAAAAGGAUGAAGACAAAUUCUUCUCACAGGAAAAAUACUGGGGCAGGAAACUCCACACGCCAUCGAAUUCUUAUACCGCACAGCGUGUGAAGAUGAAGUAUGGAGCAUGGUACCUCAAGCCUAAGUUGUGGAAAAAGCUAAGAAGUGAUGAACCUUUGAUUGACCCCAAGCUCUUGCUUGAAAAGCCUGAUGAACCUGACGUUCUUGACGAACUUUAUGGACCAAUUGCCUUUAAGGAUUUCAUUCUAAGCAAGGGCUACGAAAUGCCUGGCAUCCUUGAAAGACUGUUUGCCAGGAAGGGAUGGACUUAUGACUCUGUUAAGACUCCCAUUCAACGUGCAAUACGAUUUUACAAGUACAAAGAAAUCGCAGAAGCAUCGGAAGAAGAUUAGGUGGUUUUCAAUUUACUACUUAAUUGGGUAUUUCUUGCUCUCAUUUUAAACAUCAAUCAGAAUUUAUGAUGACUGGCCCCGUGGAUGUACAACUUUGGCAACAUCUGUAACUUCAAUACAUAAUGUUUAUAAAUAUUUCUUAAUGACCUGCUUU